CUCUAAAAACAUAACAGUUGUCAUGGCCGUCGGUUUUAUUUGUUGUGACGUCGUAGUUAGGCUUUUAAUAAUUAUAAGCAUCGUAUGAAGCAACGAGAGUGAUUUCAACAUUCACACUAACUGUCAUGGCUAUCAAAGAACAUUAAAUUAAAUUCUGAAUAGUGUGUGUGUAGCUUAAAGGCUCAAUAGUUUACUGAAGUUAGAAAUGGUGUUGUGUUUUUAUCAUGUUUUUUAACUACUGUUACCAUGAUACCUAGAGAAAGAACAGAAAAAGAACUUCAUCAGAGAAAACAUGAAACAGCUAAAAUAUAUUCAAAGCAAAUCUCCUAAAGAGCCAAAAUAUAACACGAAAAAUGUCCACCCGCCGCGAUUGACUAACCCCAUUGCAGCUGGGAGCUCCCUCGGCCAGGUGAAGUCAUCACCUUCUAACAAAAGUGGGAAGACCUCAAUCAAUAUUGCAAAGACUAGCUCUACAAAUACUCGCAAAAAAAUUACAGACAUACGUAUCAAAAAAGGGGACAUGGCAGAGUUUCUCAAAAGGAAAGAAAUGAGACAGGCGAAGGCAGUGGAAGAUUGUGCCGAUGAAGAAGUAAAGUCAAAUGAGUCAUCAGGCCGUCUCCGGGACAUUGGAUGUCAAACCAUAGAGUCUAAUCUUGCACAGAAACUGGCUGAAAGUGCGAAGUUGACUAUGCUGUAUCCCAAGAAAGAGGGUGAGGAUGCAGAAGCUAAGAUGAAAGCUAGCGGGGACAGUGGACACCACAGAAGUCCUCCGCCUUCACAGACUCCCCGCCGAGCUGGUGAUGAUCUAAUAGACGUUGAACGAAACCGUAGCCGGUUGAACUCUAUCCUGGAAAGAAAAGAUAACAAGGACCCAUAUCUGCCAUCAGGCUAUCAGAAGGGCGUAUUACCUAAGUACCUGCGUGAGCGAAAGGAACAGGGGCCUAAGGACACUGAAGGCAUCCGGGCUGAUGAUGAUCACUCCAUAUGUCCAGCCGGACAUGUCACACUGCCUGAUACUGAACGCAAGGAGACGUUGCGGAUGCUUAGGAAUAGUUUUGCAGAACUAGUAAGUGAACUGAACAAAUUGCCUGUAAAAACAGACACAUUGAAGAUGCGAAAUAGGAAAAUGGAGCUAGAAAAACAGUUAGCAAAGCUUGAGGAGGGAAUCAAAGUGUUUUCCCGACCCAAGGUGUUUGUAAAAAUAGGGGAGUGAGUGGCCGAUGCUUGUUCAGUUACAACUUGUAAAUUUAUGGUGAUGUACUGGGCAGGGCGGUCAGAUUUGUAAAUAUCUUAAAGCCAUCAUAUGUUUUGAAAUGUCAAAAGAUAAUUAAGCUGUUGUUAUAUAUUUUUUAAUUAAGAAAAAAAUUUGUAGCAAUAGAAAUUAUGUUUAGCCUUAGUUAUUAAUAUUAUUGCAUGUUCACAAUCGCGAAUUAUAGACUAAAUUGAAAGGUACAUCCAUCUUUAAGUGACACAUUUCUUAGUUAGAAAUCAAAUAUUAGAUGUUGAUGUUGCGACCCUUUCGCACUGUGAUGUCAAUAGGUCUGACUGCACAAGCCCAGUAACGGAUUCCGUCCAAAUCCAAAUUGUAUGUCGCGUUUGUUGUAAGAUGUCUCCAAAUUAUUGUGAUAUCGCUCAGAAGUUAAUCCGACGUUAUCGUAUGUUAGUAUUAAUUAUAUUAUUGUAUGUUAUUCGUUGUUGUAACUAAUAUAAUUAGAUACGUUUGUAUGAUUUACAGUGUUUCUAUAACUUUUUUUGGAGAUUUAAAUACAAUUAUUUGUGUUUUUAGUCCAUUUCUUUGACAAAUGAAAUAGGUUGUCGUUAUAAUAGAAAUUUUAUUUCUAUAACUUGCAACAAGAUGGCGUGAUACCAUCGAUAUUUGAUUUAUAAAAUAAAUUAAUCUCUAAAGCUAUAUUACGAUUUUUAAAUCAUUAUACAACAAUAAUGUGCUUACAUUUUUUCAUCUGAAUACAUUUCAAUGAAUUCUCUCGUGUAACAUGACAUAGUUUUAACAAAAGGCACAUUCGAUUACAAAAUCAGGUAAUAAUCAAUAAGGCAACUACUUAUUUUAUACCAGGAAACAACUAAUACAAAGAAAUAACUUUCAAUUCUCAUAAACAAUAGAAAACUUUUCUUGUAGGUCUCUCAUUAAACUGCUAGUGGAAGGUGAGCGGUUCGUGAUAAUUGCUUUGCCUGGUAGAAUUUAACUUGCUCUGAUAAAUUACUAUUGGUAUAGCAGACAAACGUACACACUCACUACAUAUCGUAAUUUGAAGAAAUCUGCUCAUGCGCAGUGGUGUUCGCUUGAACCAAGACCAAUCAAGUUGAAUUUUAAAAUCGCGUGUGUACGUUUCGAGGUUGCGCAUUCAAUAAGUCGCUCCAUUACGCACGUGAGUCAGGCCUCAUUUACGGAGACGCGGGGCGUCGAGCGUUGCGUUGAGCGGCGCGGCCCGCACUGAACUCAAAUAUAUGGCGUUGUAUGAAUGCGUUUACGGAGCAGCGA